AUGGCGGAGGCGCCGGCGGCCAAGCGGCUGGCCCGCGCGGGCAGCUUCUCCGGCGUGUGGUGGAAGCUCGGCGACCCCGCGGGGGACCCGGCCGCGGUGGAGCGCCGGCUGCGCGCCGUCGCCGACGAGGAGGCCGCCGUCCGUGCCCGCAUCCAGAGCCGCCACGCCGGCGCCCGCGGCGUCCGGCGCGGCAUCGCCGUCGCCUCCCUCGCCAUCGAGGUGGUGGCGUUGGUGCACGCUUACUGGACGGCGAGGCGGCGGCGCGCAGCCGGCUGGAGCAGGAAGCUGCUGCUCCUGCUCGCGCCUCCUCUGCUCGCCGUGCCCGCCUCGGCCGCCGUCGUCCUCGCGGCGUUCGCCAGGCUUCGCAAAAUGUUGGACGCGCGGGACGAGCAGCGGCUGAGGGCGCUGGUGGCGGAGCGCAAGGCCAAGAUCGGGCAGUUCAGGGGCAGCCACCACAACAUGCACAAGCUCCUCGAGGUCUCCACCAAGUACGAUCCAGAUGCUGCUUCUGCUGCUGCUACAACUGCCAGUUCCGAUCAGCCGGUAGCCGCCAGCGCCGGCGGCGGGAGGAUCAAGCGGAGCCACUCGCGGCUCAGCUUCCACAUCGGAGACGACUGACAGAACCUCCAUCCACCACGACUACGACGACGACGAUGACAUGCGGAUCCACCGGAACAUCAACCAUCCAUCUCUUCUGCCCCGGCCGUGUCCUCGUAAUGUACACUAAGAUUGUGUUUCGCCACCUUGUUUUUGGUUGCGAUAUGAUAUUGUUACAAGACAUGAAAACAAAUAUUGUUUAUGCA